AUGGCCGCUUUCUCAAUGAUAUCUACAUUAUUCCACGUCUAUCUGCCAAGCAAGUUUGCUUUCCCCAUCCGUUGCUCCUCCGCUUCACCGCCACCGUCCAUUUCAACCCAAUCGAGAUCCAACAACUUCGAUUUGAAAACCUACUGGACGACCCUGAUCAGCAUCAAUCAGAAGCUUCACGAAGCUAUACCCAUUCGGUAUCCGAAGCAGAUAUAUCAAUCCAUGCGUUACUCUAUGCUGGCCGACGGCGCCAAGCGAGCCUCACCUGUCAUGUGCGUCACCGCCUGUGAGCUCUUCGGCGGCAACCGCCUCGCCGCCUUCCCCACCGCAUGUGCUCUCGAAAUGGUACAUGCGGCUUCGCUCAUGCACGAUGAUCUUCCAUGCAUGGAUGACGAUCCAUCACGGCGACGCCAGCCCUCGAACUACACAAUCUACGGAGACAACAUGGCACUCUUCGCCGGCGAUAGUCUGUUUCUAGGGUUUCAGCACAUUGUGUCAAACACCCCUUCCGACCUCGUCCCGGAACCACCUCUGCGUGUGAUCACGGAGAUUGCUCAGACCGUGGGGUCCACCAGAAUGGCGGCCGGGCAGUUCCUGGACCUUGAAGGCGGGCCAAAUGCGGUGGAAUUGGCGCAGGAGAAGAAAUUUGGGGAGAUGAGCCAGUGCUCUGCUGUUUGCCGAUGAUUGUUGGGUGGUGGUGAAGAUGAUGGGGUGGAUAGACGGAGGAGGUAUGGGAGAGCUGUAGGGGUAUUGUAUCGGGUGGUUGAUGAUAUUCUCAAGAAGAAGAUGAAGGGCGGGGUGUCCGAUGAUGAUGGGAAGAAGAAGGGGUUCAGCUACGUGAAAAUGUAUGGGUUGGAGAAAUCUAUGGAGGUGGUGGAGCAGCUUAGGGCCAAAGCUAAGCAGGAGUUGGAUGGGUUUGAGAAGUAUGGGGAUGGAAUGGUGCCACUUUAUAGCUUUGUGGAUUAUGCUAUUGAUAGAGGUUUUAGUGUCAGUUAUUGA